UCGCGUAUUUUUUUGGAGGGAAUUUUCCUAUUUCACAACAAAGUUUUUUGCGGAUUCAAGAUUCUCAGUGAUUUGACUUCAGGAUGUACAAAAGUAAGAGAUACAGAUCUGGCACAGGUGCAUCUUUGUCAGGACUGGCAAAGAAGCCCAAAGAAGCAGAGAAAUCAGAGAGAUCUGGAUCAGGAAUUCUCACACAGAGGAAUAAAUCUCCAGCUAGAGAUGACUUGGAUGAUGACAUCUUUGGUAGCCAGUCCUCUAUCCCAUCCAGCCAACCGCCAAGUCAACGACGCUAUGUCUCACAGAGAAGUAACAUGAAUGUGGCUCUUUCUCAGCUAUCCGGACAAGUUCCAGCUGGGAAUUCUCGAGUUCCAGACACCUACUACGAGUAUGUCUUGCAGAAAUGCGGAGCCAAGUGUGAUCAUCCGGACAACUAUCUUAUAGAUUGCGAUCACAUCCAGUUUGUUAACAAGAUCAGGACAACACUUCAGUCUAGCGCUGACUACCCGACAAACAUCAGUAAGUUUAUCAAGGGCUUCAAAACUGUGGUUGCCAAUGAUAAUCUCCUCUCAAAGACUCUCAGUGUUUGCAUUGUGAGUCUCCCGAAUUCCAAUGGACUUCCCCAAUCGCAGGAGAGUUUGAUGAAGAAUCUCCUCAUGGUGGAUUUCCUGCAAGAGGAAUUGCUGUCUGUGCUACUGGAGAGGAUGCAGGAACUAGCCAAGAAAGCUUCAGGAUGUGAAAUGAUUUCGUGUAUCCUCGUGAUGAGCCUCUCCCAAUUGAAAUUCAUCAACAAGAUCAAGCAUGGAGACAUCAUCUUCAGGAAAAUUAUCGAUAUUCUCGAAUCCUCUCCCAUGGAAGUCAAACAAAUCAUCAUAAAGCACCUCGAUGAUGUCAUAGAGGUGAGGAAGCACAGCGAAAUCGUACGGAAGCUAAUGGGAAUGCUGACGGAGGAUGAGGAAUUUCUCAAUGGAUCCACUAUGGAUGCCUUUGAGAAUAUGCGUCUCAGUACAGCUCUCCUCAGUGAGCUCAAAGAGAGAAUCUUUCAGUACAUUGAUCGUGGAGCUCCUAUAGCCCUCUAUCCUAAGUUCACAAAGCUCCUGCUCAAGUACAACGAAGAGAAUGCCCUGCCGGAUCUAAUUUCCAGUAUCCGGGCGCAUCUGGUGUGGGGAAAAGCAAGCCGGAAGGAUCUCAGUGAGAGUCAGAAGGGUGUCUUCAGCCACAUCAAAAUCUCCCUCAUGAGAUCCACCAAGCUCAGUGAUUUGUGGGUGAAAUCAAUAAAGAAUUCUACCCUUCCGGAAGAGCACUAUCCUCUGGAUUUUGUGAUUCUGGUGACAAUGAUGGAGAUGAAUGAUGAUCGAAGUGCCACAAUUGAGACACUAAUUCGUAAGAAAUUCUCUGAGGAAUUCUUCACUAAGCGUCUGCUCAAAGAUGUAGUUACACAAUUUCCCGAUUUUGUGGUGGAACAUCUUGGGAUUUUCCUAGAGAUUGCUGAUCAUCUGUUCAGGAGUAAGGAGAAAAUCUGGGAGAUUGGCAAGCUAGCCUUCAAGUUUGCCUUUGGGAUUGAUGCUUGCAAUCGCAAGGUAAUCCUGUCGAAGUUAGUUGGUCUUGUGUGUGAGAAAACUGAUCCAGAAGUGAAGACAAGGGCUCUCCUCAUGCUCAGUGAGAUUCGCGUCAAAUACUUCGCAGAACUCCAAAACAAUGGGAUGCAGCUUCUGCUGAUCCAGGAGAAUAUUGGCGGAAUUGGUUUGAUGCAGUACCGAAUCCUCAUGGAUAUUCUCUGCUCCAUUGCCUACCCAAUGCUACCGGCUACAGGUCCAGAAGAAUUUGUCCAUGAGAUUGAUAUGCUAGUGAAGAAGCAACUGGCCAAUAGCAGUAUUUCAGUGAUCAGGUUGGGCAUCAUUGGGGCUGUUAAAACAAUUGGUCACUUGAUUUGGCACGGCAGUGAAGAGGAGGCCAAUCAUGGCUUCGAUCCCAAUCAGACAAUUCAGUCAACAAAUGAAUUUCCAGAAGGUCCAAUCCGGGAAGCUGCUGUCCUAUGCGAGAUGGUCCUCAAAGUAGCCUCCGGAAAUUGUGCAGAUUCUCUGGCCAUGUGCUACGAUGAACUGGCUUUGGUCUUUUCCAAUAAACUCAGCACUAGCGACAGCAAGAACUUCCCCAACAGGAAAUUCCUCAAUUGGAUGUCGGAAUCUCUUGUGGACAAGUUCACCAGUAAUUUUACUUUCGAUGGAAUACCCUCAUACCACGAGAUGGAAUUCAUCCAGAAGUACUGCCUGAUCAACGAGGAAGAUAACGAGAGCAUGUCCAUUAACAUUGGAGGAUUGACCAUCAGACCUCCACAAAGACUCGAAUCAUCAAUCACAGUCCUCUGCCCACUGUUCAAUUUGCUCCGUGUCCUGCAAUUCCGCCUGGACAAAGGGAAUCUUGAGAGUCUCUACGGGCUUUGUGGUUUUGGAAUAAUCCUACCAGAGCAUGUUGGUUCUCUCGAAGACCUCGAUCUCUUUGAUGAAUGUGAUCCGACUACCAGUAAAAGUAUCUUGGACAUGUACUUUCACACUGCCAAUUGGUUUCGUGAGAUUAUUGGGGCUUUCUCCUGUCAACAGGAGCAUCAGAUACGCCAACAAGUCCUAACCAGACUAACAGAGUUGAUCAGAAUUGAGAAUCAGAUUCGACGACUGCUCAAAAUAGCUCCAAAUACUUACAUUGCGCCCAAUGCAACUUUCAUUGCAACACAGGAAAAGCCUCAAGCUCAUGUUUUUAAGAAACCAGCUCCGGUGAAGAAUGUGGCUGGUAGUUCGAAGAGAGGUGGUCAGAAAAGAAGUGCCGACAGCUCUGAUAGUCAGUCAGUUCUGUCGGCAGCUUCAAAGUCUCAAGAUACCUCGAAUAUGUCCAAGACACGUUCUGAUCCGAAGCGCAUGGAUUUUGCCACAUCUUACGGUCCUAGAGAGAAUUACCGGCAGCUGGAUCUGGAUAUUUUGUUGCUCCUGGAAAGUCAAUUUCUCACUCUGCAUACUCUGCCUGAGGAAAAAAUUGGCACGUGUAUUGGACUGCAGGAGUACAGAUUUAUUGUGGAAGAUCUUGUACUGAAGUUGGAGUCUUUUGUUGGUAUCCGGAAGAUUCAUGGGAAUCAAAUGCAGCUUAUUAUAUCACCGGAUGCUCUCAUCCAUGAUUUAAUUACUAUGCUGCCGCAGAUUCAGCAGCAUUUUGCUGAGAUUGCAAAGGAAGUGGACAAGGGUCAAGUGGCAGCUGAAGAGAUUCUCGAGAGUCAUCAUCUCUACAAUGAAAAUAUCAAUUCUCUCAAAGUCUGCUUUGCAAUCACUCUUCGGCUCUAUGCGACGCUAUUUUCCUGGUCAGGAUUCAGUGAGCAUACGGAUUUGCUGCAACGGGGACUUCAGGUGAUUGCAGAGAGUUCAGAGACUGAUGUAAAGAUCCUGGCAUCUGCAGCAAUUAAGAAUGUUGUUGGGAAUGAGAAAUUGGCUCUGGAAAUUCGAAGUGCUCUGCAGAUUGUCUAUCUCGUGGUGACACUCACGAAGAUUGCUGAAAAUCGUGAGGAGGAUCGGGAUAUUCUCAACAAUCUCUAUGAGAAUCUUCUGUCCAGACGCUGGUACACGUGCACAGGAGGCAUUGAGAGAGGAGGAGAAUUUAAUAUUUUCCUCUCUGAAUUGCUCAAAGGUAUCUUCAAGGGGGCUGAUUUUAAGCAGCUCACAGCUCAAAUUGUUUGGAUUCGCCGGGAGAUUCCAAUGUUGAAGAAUCGCGAUGAUACACUCAAGACAUUUCCAGGAUUCACAAAGAGCAACUUUACGUAUCUCUUCAGGGCUCUCUGUACAACUCUCGUGGAUAUCCUCAUGAGGAAGCUCAGUGAUAAGCUUUCCCACAGUGGGAAUCUCAAGAUGUGGGAAUCUGUGGCCAGUGUGCUGGAUUCUCUGCGCGAAAUUGUCAAGGUCAUCAAUGUGGCGGGGAAUAAUUUGAUCUUCCUAAAGAAUGCCAAUGCAAUUCUCAAGGCAUUCCUUCAGCAUGGAAUUCCACUCAUUGAGAAUUGCUUCAAUAAGCGACAGGAGCAAGUGAUGAAGAUUAUAAGGGACUUACAGGACACUACGAGGUUCCUCAAUUCUCUCUGUUGUCACUCAAAAUUGGCCAAUCAUACAGCUGUAGCGGGUCAAAUUCCCUUUGUCCGGGAAACACUGGAGAAACUGGUGUUCCAUGUAAAGAGAGUUCUGACAACAAAUCAAUGUUCUUCGGCAUUUUGGGUGGGAAUCUUGAGGAACAGGAACAUACAAGGGGAGGUGAUACCCAGAGAACAAACCCUCGAUGAUGGAGAUUCCGACAGAACGGAAGAUGUCUUGCCAGAAGACGAGGAAAUGUCCGAAGUAGCUGAAGAUGGAAAUUCAUCUGACUCUUCAGAUUCAAGGAGUCGUUUGUUAUAAAUUUUCUUUAUUGAAUUCAUACUAACAAGGCCUUAAUAAAAUUCAUGCGCCUCUACAA